AUGAGCAAUAGCAGACAGUUACCAUUUGCUGAUGCAGCUACUAUAGUGAGAGCCCAUCAAAAAGAUGCCUACUUUGAGUCUUCCUAUAGGAGCCAACUUCAAGAUUUGAUCCUGAUGAUCAAAGGUCAGCGGUUUAUCAACGCCCAUCCAGAGGAAAUAACGGUCUUUGCCAAGGCGAUAUACUUGGCACUAACUACGCUUAUUGGUGCUAGAACAUUGGGUGAGGAGUAUGUGGAUUUAAUCUAUGUCACUCGAUCGGGAAAGAAAUUACCAAGAUUGCUACCGAGACUCGGUUUUGUUGUGGCAUAUGCAUUGAUUCCAUACUUGAUUAACAAGACAAUCAAAUAUGCAAAGUUGAGGAAAGAACGGAACCUUGAAGAAAACAAAAAGCCGGACUCAUGGUUAACCAAGUUUUUUUCGAGUUAUACUGACGUCUUGGAUACCUUGUUGAAUCUUCAUAUUGCUAUAUUUUAUUUCAAGGGUGAAUUUUACUCAUUAUCGAAAAGACUCUUUGGUCUCCGCUAUGCAUUCGGCCACCACAAGGAGCCUGAAAAGAUGCAACGUGGAAAUUACUCGCUUCUUGGUGCUUUAAUGAUUAUACAGAUUGCAGUAAAGUCGCUAAUGAACUUGAAGGAGUACAGUGAUGAGUACUUGAACAAAGAAGAACCAAGUAAGGAAAACUCAGCUUUGAAUGAGAGAAAUGAUGCAAAAAUUACCAGUAUAACCCAGUUGAGUCAUUUAAGUGACAAUUUUGAUUCCAAGCACUUGAUUGAUUUGAGCGAUGACUCGCAAUUACCAUAUUUACAGAACGAAUCGAGAAAUUGCAUGUUGUGCUUGUCCCCCAUGGUGACACCAUCGGCAGCAAAUUGUGGACAUUUAUUUUGCUGGGAUUGCAUAGUUGACUGGAUAAGAGAGAAUCCAGAAUGCCCAUUAUGUAGACAGCAGUGUUUAGAACAACACUUGCUACCAUUGAAGUAG